ACGUCCGAAGCCAUUGAGGUUAGGUAGGUUCGACAAUUUACUCAAGCGGCGAUAUGUUUCGAUCUUAUCGCGAGUUCAUAUCGUUUCAUCGACGUCGGUGGGCGAAAUGGACGCGUUCUCCUACGCGAACGUGGUGGAUUUUAAAAACAUGUGCCGCACCUGCCUGAGCAACCAAAACGCGAAGCACAAGAUCUUCAACGAGAACAUUAAUAUCGAAGACCGGUCCUUUCCCAUUUCGGACCUGCUGAACAUGCUGUGCGAGGUUAAUUACAGCAAAACUUACCCCAUCAAGAUUUGCCUGUACUGCUUGGCCAGGUUGAAAGAGAUGUACGAAUUCAAGCUGCAGAUCGAAAAGUCGCAGUCCAUAUUGGAAAGACACUUGGGCCCGCCUGACGUCGAAUACAGUGCGCCGCCUUUCGAGAAACUCAACCCGCCCAGUCGGAAGAACGAAAAUUUCACUCGAACCCGGAAAAAAUCAAACGCAGCCCCUGCGAAGCGCGAAACGGGCGGUGUUACAGCUGAAACAACCGCAGUGCGCCCCGUUAGGUGCGCGUUUUGCGACAAAACGUUUAAAUCGAAGCACAUUCUGCAGGCGCACCUGAAACGUCACACGCUGAAGGGUAAAUUCUUGUGCACUCUCUGCGGCAAGGGGUUCAAUUCGCAGGGGUGUCUAAGCAGGCACGCCCCCGUGCACACGGGCGAGAGAAAGUACGCUUGCGACGUCUGCGAUAAGAGCUUUCUGACGUCCAACAACCUCAAUGUCCACUCGAGAAUUCACACCGGCCACAAGCCUUACCUGUGCAACGUGUGCGGCAAGUCAUUCGGCAAUCGCACGGGCUUAAAUUUCCACUUGCGCACCCACAGCAAGGAGAAACCUUACACGUGCGACGUCUGCGAGAAAACUUUCGCCGCUCAGAGCCACUUGGAUUGCCACAAAAUGAUUCACACCGGCGAGAGGCCGUUCGGGUGCGCGCACUGCAACAAAGCGUUCAUAAAAAAGUGCGACCUGCGCAGACACGAGGCGACCCACACCGGCGUCAAACCGUUCGGGUGCGAUUUUUGCGGCAAACAUUUCGUCACGAGAGUCUACCUGCAGUACCACGUGACGCUGCACACCAACGAGAGGCCCCACGCGUGCGCCAUCUGCGGCAGGGGGUUCGUAAGGCGCUGCGACUUGAAUAAUCACCUCGUCAAGCGUCACGGUUCGACGGAAGCGGCGUGUUUUGGUUAAUUAGCAUUGCUUAAU